AUGGUAAAAAUCCCAACGAUUAUAACGCUUAAAGUGUACGACGUGCUGCUGAUUGCAGGCGUCAUGCUUGCCAUCGAUUUAGCCGUAUACUUGUGGAAUCGAAAUGGUACACAACCGACAUUAGCUGAGCAAAAGCUGAUGGGCGAGUACAAUGCCCAGGUGCGACUCGUCAACCGCCUUAAUUCGGUCGAGACAUUUGUAGAGCAAGCUAAGGCCACACGCAAAAUGAAUGCGAUUAAAAAGAAGAUACAGGAGCUUGCAGUCGAGCGACUAGCUGCAUGCGCACCUUCAGAGCUUCAGAAGCAGCUUGGCCGCAUUCGAACGCCACUUUUGAUGGGAUUGAUCAUGCUGUACUACUGGAAUGAGCCACUAGUGGUGUUGCCGCAGGGUUAUAUGCUGCCUGUGGAGCGACUGAUGUCAUUUCCAGGCUUUCCACUUGGUACUGUAUCCGCAAUGGGUUGGGUUGGAAUCUGUCGUCGCGUGAGUAGAAAAAUCCUGGGCUAA